UAUUCACUUGGAACUGGUAAAGAUCUCUUGCUCAUAGCAGCUCUUCAAGCAAGAAACAAUGCUAGAGUCGUUUUUUCUGGUUCAUUAUAUUUCUUUUCAGAUUCUGCAUUUAAAUCUUCUAUACAAAGAAUAACUGAUGGAAAAACCCAUGAUAUCUCAGGAAAUCAGGAAGCAGCUAUUAAUAUUGCAUUAUGGACUUUAAAGGAUAGAGGUGUAAUAAGAGUGAAAUCUGUUUCUCAUCAUAAACUUGGAGAAACAUCUCCUCCACCUUCUUAUACUAUAAUGGAUAUGGCUGUUUAUUUGCUUGAAUUGGAACGUUGGGAGAAUGGAAAUUGGAUUCCACAUAAUGCCAAUGAUGUACAAGUAGAAUUUGUUCGCAUAGAUCCAUUUUGGCGUGGUAACUUAAAAAAUAUUGGUUCUGGCAAAUAUGAGUUUACUUUUAAAAUCCCAGACACAUAUGGAGUGUAUCAAUUC